GAGACCAUCUCACCAGUCCCAGCCCUUUGGACACAGGAGGAGGCAAAGCCCUGGGGGAGGCAAGUGCUGUGCCCUGAGUUUGCACAGCUAGAACCACGGCAUUGCUUCUGUGGUUAUGAUGAAGUGAUUAUGAUUAGAAAAGAUGAUUGGGACUAGGAAGUCAAGGUGGUGAUGCAGAAAGAUUGAUGUCACCAGCCAGCUUUGUCAGAUGGGUGUGAGCUGGCCACAUGGAUGAUCUCACUUAACGAGGAACUCAGACUCAGAGUCGGACUCAUGGUCAUUCCAGGAAAAAAAAUGUGCCCUUGGCCACUGAGUGUUGCUGAGAGGGAAGACUGGCUGGAGGACUCUGGUGUAGCGGUGAGAAAUAUUGGAGCAUGAGUUUCAAGUCACAAUCCAUCGGGAUCAUCGGAGCUCCUUUCUCCAAGGGUCAGCCACGAGGAGGGGUGGAAGAAGGCCCUACAGCAUUGAGAAAGGCUGGUCUGCUUGAGAAACUUAAAGAACAAGAGUGUGAUGUGAAAGAUUACGGGGACCUGUGCUUUGCUGAUGUCCCUAAUGACACUCCCUUUCAAAUAGUGAAGAAUCCAAGGUCUGUGGGAAAAGCAAAUCAACAGCUGGCUGAUGUGGUGGCAGAAAUCAAGAAGAACGGAAGGACCAGCCUUGUACUGGGCGGAGACCACAGUAUGGCGAUUGGCAGCAUCUCUGGCCAUGCCAGGGUCCACCCAGAUCUCUGUGUCAUUUGGGUGGAUGCUCACACCGACAUCAACACUCCACUGACAACCACGACCGGGAACUUACAUGGACAGCCUGUGUCUUUUCUCCUGAAGGAACUAAAGGAAAAGAUUCCCGAGGUCCCAGGACUUUCCUGGGUGACUCCCUGCCUAUCUGCCAAAGAUAUUGUGUAUAUUGGCCUGAGAGACGUGGACCCUGCAGAACACUAUAUUUUGAAAACUCUGGGCAUUAAAUACUUUUCAAUGAUUGAAGUGGAUAAGCUGGGAAUUGGCAAGGUGAUGGAAGAAGCAUUCAGCUAUCUACUAGGAAGAAAGAAAAGGCCAAUUCAUUUGAGCUUUGAUGUGGAUGGACUGGAUCCAUUUUUCACACCGGCCACUGGCACACCAGUCCAUGGAGGUCUGUCUUAUAGAGAAGGUAUCUACAUCACGGAAGAAAUUUACAAAACAGGGCUACUGUCAGGAUUAGAUAUCAUGGAAGUGAAUCCAUCUCUGGGGAAGACACCAGAAGAAGUAACUCGGACGGUGAACACGGCAGUAGCACUGGUCUUGGCUUGUUUUGGAGUUGCUCGGGAGGGUAACCAUAAGCCUAUUGAUUACCUGAAACCACCUAAGUAAAUGGAAACAUUACAUGAAAAUCUCACAGCUGAUGACAUAAUUAGCAAAUCUAACAGUUUAGUUAAACUUACAGUUAUCUUCCCGAUUGGACUUUCAGAAAAAUGUUUUGCCCUGGUAAAUAUGAGUACCAUUAGUAUAAACUGUAUCAAUUCCCUCUUGGUGUGAAAAUCAAGAUAUGGAACUGCUAGCUUUUGUGAAAUUAAAAAACUUAUUAUUCCCAAUUUGGCAAAGGACUUAUCUUUAGAAAGAAAUAUGCAUUAAUUCCAAAGAAAAAAUUGGUAGCAUUAAAUAUAAACAUACACCUCCAUCAGCCCCCACACAUAGAGUGGGACUCUUGAUAUCAGGAGAUAAAGCUACCCAACCUGGAAAGGACCAUAGUUCCACAUUCUUCAAAGAUGUAAUCUCUAGAGACCUCUUUUUUUCUUUAUCCCAAGAUUCUGUUGUCCCUACAAAGGUUUCUAAACACAUGCAAAAUACACACACACACAUUCUGCUUAAGACUACUAUAAAUAUUUAAAAAGCUGCAGUGAAAUCAUUAUCUCCCAAACACUGUAAGAAUUUGUGAAGCUACUUAAACUCUUUGGCUCUGGUUCCUUCACCUGUAACAUGGGUAAUCACGACACUUGGGCCAUCUACAAGCUCAUUAAUGUUAGAUGAGUUUGACUUUUUCUAAACUUCAAACAUGAUAUUGGUUGAUAUUUUAGGCAUGGCUUCUAUUCAGAUAGCCUUUCGGGAAAUAGAGGAAAGACAUCAAACUACUUUGUUUCCAAGAUAUGCUAAUUUAGACAGGGAUUUGACCUAAAAUUAUCUGUGGCUUCCAAGUGCCCCCUUUCAUUCUUUGCAAUGACAGUGUAUCUCAAUGGUUGAAUUCCUAAACAUCCUAAAAACUCAUCUUGGCUCUGUUAUAUAGUGAAGAAAAUAGACAAAUGAGAAUAAACUAUAAUCAAAACAA